AUGUCGAGCAAGAUUACAGACAAGACGCAGGCACAAAGUGUCAUUGACAACUACGAAUAUUUUAUCUUCGAUUGCGACGGAGUGAUUUGGUUGGGAGAUCACUUAUUACCAUCUGUCGUGGAGACGCUCAACCUCUUGAAAGAAAAGAAGAAGAAGGUUAUUUUUGUCACCAACAACUCGACCAAGUCCAGAAAUGAUUACCUUUCAAAGUUCAAGAAGCUUGGUAUCAACGGUAUUGUCAAGGAUGAAGUUUUCGGCUCAUCUUAUGCUUCUGCUGUUUAUGUGGACAAGAUUUUGAAGCUUCCAAAAGACAAGAAAGUUUGGGUCCUAGGUGAAUCGGGCAUUGAGCAAGAGCUACACGAACUAGGAUACCAAACUGUGGGAGGCUCGGAUCCUGCCUUGGUUUCCGAGGGUAAUGUGUUUGACCCAGAACACAAGAUGUUGAACGAAUUAGACGAUUCUGUUGGAUGUGUGAUUGCGGGAUUGACCAUGAACAUCAACUACUUGAAACUCUCUGUGACCAUGCAAUAUUUGCUCAAGGACAACAAGAGCAUUCCAUUCAUUGCAACGAACAUCGACUCUACGUUUCCUCUGAAGGGGAAGUUUUUGAUCGGCGCAGGAUCCAUUAUCGCCACAGUUGCCACUGCGAGCGGCAGAGAACCGGAUGCCAUCUGUGGUAAGCCCAACCAGUCAAUGAUGAACACCAUCAAAGUGGACAAUCCUGCAUUGGCAGAGAAUCCAAAGAAGGGGUUGAUGAUUGGUGAUAGACUCAACACCGAUAUGAAGUUUGGACGCGACGGCGGUUUGGACACCUUGUUAGUGCUCACCGGAGUGGAGACAGAAGAUGGUGUUAAGCAAUUGAGCGCAGAUGAAGCACCUACGUAUUACGCCGACAAGCUUGGCGACUUGUUUGAACUUACCCACUGA